CUGAUAGGCUCAAGAGGGGCCAAGGAGAGGAUAUCGGAAAGCGAAGUGGGGGAGCGAACUAAGGCGCCAAUGCAGCGCCUCGUAGGAUGGGUGCUCCCCUCGGUGCUGUUCCUGGCACCCCUUCCUGUGCUUUCCGAGCACUGCCAGGUGGCCCAAAGUGUGCAGGAGGAUGUUUCGGAUGAGGCCCCUUUGCUACAGGCCUCAGUCGAUGACCUGAAGAGAACCAGGACAUCCAGUGAGGGCAACUGCUCUAUGACCUUGGCCGGUUCGGAGAUUUACGUUCUUCGUGCUCUCGGCUUUGCUCGAGUGGAAAUAAUCAGGGCUGGCGACAUUGACUCUGGCACUGUGACCGUUUGGUACGAAACACACGAUGGCACUGCAAAGAACUGGGUUGACUACGUACAGCAGUCGGGCGAGCUCAACUUCUCCCCGGGUGGUCGCUCAGGGCAUGUGGACAUAAAUCUGUACGGACCUGUGACCAUGAACGAAACUGUCCCCAAGUUCUUCUACUUCAGUCUGACGAAGGCUGUCUGUGGCGGCUGCUCUGUGUCCCUUGGUAAGUACACAGAAGCCGAAGUGUUCAUUGAACGAGGGAGCUAA